UAAUUUAAAAAAGAAUAAUAAAAAAGAAAACCCAUAUGAACGUGAAUUUUUCACUGAAUUCAAUCGUGUUCUCUCCAGAUUACUCGUGUCAAAUAUAAUAAAGCUAAUUAUAAUAGUUGAUCCUUCUUACAAGAACAUACUCGAUUGCUCGUGAAAAGAAGCAACGACUAUGGGCUUGUAGAAACUAACAAAAAAGAAGACUCAGGAAUGAAAUUUCACGUGGUGGGAGUGUUGCUCUUCGAGAACUGGAUAUAUAAAUCGCGAGUAGGGCUGAAAUUCAAGUUAGUGCUGUGCUAGUUUUUCUCUGACAAUAAGUGAGCUUCUCUGUACGCAAUGCAGGGUGAAACGUCUAGAUCAUUUCUCUUUCUCAUCGUGACCGUCUCAAUCAUCGAAAUUCAAUCUACGUCACUUGCCAAGUUAUAUCCAAGCAGUUAUCAAUAUCCGCAAAUGAUCCAUCCUGAAUAUUAUCAAAUUGCUCAUCAGAAUGCUCUCGCACCCUAUUACAUAUACAAUUUGCUUCAGGUACACACUGAUUUAACAUCUAGUAGUCCAACAAUUUUGCCAGAAAAACAAACGACACUUACUCAUUUGCCACCCUAUGGAUAUUAUUACUACGAUUUCAGAUUUCCGAUUAAUCCGAUAUAUCCAGUAUUGAGUCCAUCUCGUCCUGGAUUUAUUCCAGUAUCAGGAUCACCACCGAUAUCAACUCAACGUCCAUUCGUUGAUGUUGACAAUGACGACGACAGUGGUAUCGAGAAACUGGACACAAAAAUUGAGCCAGAUAAUAAACCUGAUAGUAAUGAUGGAAUUUAUGAGGACGAUGACACGAUCGCUAUCGAAGCUAUUAAAUAACAUUUACAGUCCAAUUCAUUUAACCAAAUUCCUAUUUCUUAUAUAUGUUUAUUGAAAAAUAAUUUUGUCUAAAAAAAAUAAGUGGACUUUAAUUAAUAUUUAUUUAAAAGUUUUGCGAAUCUCAAUAACAUUUUCUUAUAUCAAGAUGUAUAGAAUUUCUUAAUUGGUCACACAUAAUAUUUAUCUCAACGGAUU